CUUUGGUAAACUCGCUUUCGGUAGCAUUUUCACUAUAAAUGAACAAAGUGAGGUAAAGUUACAAAUAUACAAAGAUUAAAAUUCUGAUAGUGUGAAAGAAAUGUUUUCUCAUGAAUAAGUAGUACUGUAUGGCUAACGACUUGACGCCAUCAAGUACAAUAAUGUGACGCCACCCUGAGAGGCUUUGCUAGAUCGGCUACAAUCAUGGAGAUAGCUAAAGCUGUUGGCUGCUCGAUCGGCAGCGAAUCGCAAUGGGAGACAGCAACGCAGGAAGACGACACGCUCUCGAAGGAUGUGAAAUCGCAGGGGACCUGUGCACUCCUCCCUCACGAGAUCAAACAGGAGAGGGAUGAGGAUGAGGAGGAGGAGGAGGAGGCUGCUGCUGCGUCAGAGUUGGCUCAGCAAGCGAGCAGUGGGACGGACCUCACGCCACGGGAGGCAGCAGGCACGCACACGCCCGCGACGUGUAAAGUAACGCUAAGCAGGCUCCCGCUCAGUCAAGCCGGCAGCCUACUCCUCCCUGCAACCAAAACCCGCGCGCCGACACGAGACUUGCCACGGCAACCGAAAGCUUCUUCGGUGGAGACGGAGGACGCCGAAAGCCCGAAUGCGGAGUCGGAGGUCGUUGCCGUGCCGACGAGGUCGUCGCUGGCCGGCAUGCGGAAAGCGAGACUGCCUAAGAGGUUCCUCAUGUAUGAUCUUGGGAAACGCCGCGACGAGAAAGCCGCGUCUCCGGGAGAGGAGGAGAGGGCGUUGUCGCCGGGGAAGGUUGUCGCCGGGAAGUCUCCGGAGAAGGUCGUCAUCGGGAAGUCUCCAGAAAAGGUCGUCAUCGGGAAGUCACCGGGGAAGGCCAUCCCCGGGAGGUCUCCGGGGAAGGUCAUCCCCGGGAGGUCUCCGGGGAAGGUCAUUCCUGGGAGGUCUCCAGGGAGCGAGGAGCGAGGGAGUGAUGUGGGACCGCUCAUUCCGGAAGAUUCCGGCGAGCUGACGGGGUUGUCGCAUCGGCGGCGACAUCGAAAAAAUUUCUCGACCGAAGACGUGGCUUUGACAGCGUAUAGGAAACACCAGCUGAAGAAACCUCUGAAGCUAGGUUGGAAGCGACAGAUCGUUGUACGUUCCUCUAUAGAUGGCGCAACUAAAAAGAAGGGCGAUGUUUAUUAUGUGACCCCGGAUGGCACUAAAUUGCGCUCCAAGCCAAGCGUUCUUAGCUACUUGAGACAGAAGAGCAUCAAAACGCUGAACGUGAACGACUUCUCGUUUUAUNNCGCCGUGUCCUUUGCACGACCCCAAACGAGGAGCAGCAGCCGACGAUGGGGCAGAGCAUGGACAAACCCUGGCCGGCUGGCAGAUAAAAAACUGAGAUGGUUGAUGUACAGGAGCUUUUCGCCAGCUGAGCGUAAAAGUAGAGAAGGCCUCUCGACGAGGAGUCUGGAUUGUAGAGGGAAUGGCUACAGCGAGGACACAGGGGACGACCAGUUCCUCGGAAGGCAGACAUGGGGGGAGGGUCGUCGGGAGAAGUUCGCAGAUGAAGGUUCCUCGGACGCAGACUCUGGGGCGAGGGCCGGUAAGGAACGGCGCAUCUGGCGGAAGAGUGCGGACACUGCAGGAAAGGGAAAGUCUGCGCCUCCGGUAAGAAGAUUUUAUCGGCACAGGAAGAAAGGGGCGGCUCUGGGCAGCGAUGGCAGGAAGAAGAAGGGCAAUUACAUUGUCCCACAGAAGUACAAGCGCGAUGAACGAGGAGUUAUGUCUGUGUUUGUGCACAUCGAGUUUGUUGUGUGGUACUCAAGAUUGCUGUCUGUGUUCGUCUCAGCAGAGUUGCCACAGGAUGUUGUGUCUGGUUGUGACACAGGAGUUGUGUCUGUGUUGUGCACAGGAGUGUGUCUGUGUUAG